AUGGACGGGCCAUCAGAGACAGAGCCGCCGAAAGGGCUGCGCAAAGUGCUCUUCCGGAGGAGACCUGACCGGGAUGAAGAGUACCGGAACAACGAGAAGUUGAAAUGGAACAUGGGGAUGCUGAACGACAAGGAGACUAUAGCCGUACCUGGCUCCGUCCUCCUCCUCGCCCAGCGGAACGAGCCCCUAGGUCUCCGGAACACCCCAGCCAGGACAUCCCAUUCCUCUCUCCCCACCGGCAUAUUCCAAGAAACGCCGGCUGCAACGGCGGCAAGGGAGGAGGAUGACAAGAAGAAGACGAAGGACGGGAAGAUCAUUUUGGAGCCGCAGCCGGAUGACUCGCACAACGACCCGCUGAACUGGCCGUCCUGGCGCCGGGACACGGCGUUGCUUUGUCUGGGCGUCUACUGUAUGAUUGGAGGUGGAAUUACGCCUUUGAUCGCGGCGGGAUUCACGGAUGUUGCUGCUGAGUAUAACAUCAACGUUGCCCAGGUGUCACUAACCACCGGUCUAUACAUGAUGGGCCUCGGCAUCGGCUCCGUCAUAUUCUCACCCACCGCCAUCUUAUACGGGAAACGCCCCGUCUACCUAUACAGCGCCAUACUGUUCAUCAUAUCGGCCGUGUGGUGUGCUCUUGCGCCCAACUUCACCACGCUUAUUCUCGGCCGAAUCUUCCAGGGCAUCGCGGUGAGCCCCGUCGAGUGCCUCCCUUCGGCUUCUAUCGCGGAGAUAUACUACCUGCAUGAUCGCGCGUGGCGGCUGGGGAUUUAUACCCUUUUACUACUCAGUGGAAAGAACCUGAUCCCCCUCGUAAGUGCUGCUAUCAUCCAGCGACUUGGGUGGCGCUGGGUGUUCUGGAUCGUUGCCAUGGUCGUAGCCUUCUGCGGCUCCUUGCUAUUCUUCUUCGUCCCCGAAACCUUUUGGGAUAGAUCUCCGGUGCCAAGGUCGCGCCAUGUCAAGCGGCCUAGUAUUUUCAGUCGAAGGUCUUCAGCUAGACCCGUCUCUAGGGCUCAGAUAAAAGAAGCCGCCGACGCUAAUAACGAGAAGAAUACGGAAAAGGCUGGGGAGGGGGCGCCCCAGGAGAGUCACGAUGAGGCCAAGCCACGACGCAAGAGAUCCCAUAUCGGAUUUGCGGCGAGCCCUGAGGGAGAAGCAGCGUCUGAUUCGAAACAUCUUACCGAUUCGUUGCCGGCAUCUCCCGUAGAUAAAGCCUCUUCAGAUCAAGUUGGCAGCGAGGAUAAACCCGAACAGCAGACAUCUUCUCCUACCGAACCCCGCCCGAACGUAAGCCGCUCGCAUUCGAACAGCAGCGCAUGGUCGCCGGCACGCCACCCCGGUUCCCCCUACGACGCACAUCGUUCAGACGACCACAUCCGGGCCUCGGAAGGAGGGCAGCCAUCCCACGCACCCCCGGGAACCGCCGCCACCCGCUCCGACACCGAAAGCGAAAAGCUCGGGUCCUUCUCCAACCUGCCCCGCGUAACCAGCGGCCAAGCCUACACCGACGCGCUGCGCAACGCAUCCCCCAAAUCCUUCGCGCAGCAGCUGCGCGUGCACCACGGGCGGAUCAACCAGGACAGGUGGUGGAAGGCCGCGGUGCGCCCCUUCAUCCUGUUCUCGUACCCGGCGGUGCUGUGGUCGGCGGCGAUCUACGCGUGCUCGGUGGGCUGGCUGAUCGUGAUCUCGGAGUCCGUCGCCGUCAUUUUCCGGCAGGGGAGCUACCAGUUCAGCGCGCUCGGCACGGGGCUGGUGUACCUGUCGCCGUUCAUCGGCGGGGUGCUCGGCACGGCGGUCGCGGGGAAGGUGAGCGACGUGAUCGUGCGCGGGAUGGCGCGGCGGAACGGCGGGCUGUACGAGCCGGAGUUCCGGCUCGUGAUGGCGGCGCCGGUGGCGGUCACGACGGUGGUCGGGCUCAUGGGGUUCGGGUGGUCGGCGGAGGUGCAGGAUGCGUGGAUCGUGCCGACGGUCUUCUUCGGGAUCGUCUCGUUCGGGUGCUCGCUGGGGUCGACGACGUCGAUCACGUUCUGCGUGGACAGCUAUCGGCAGUACGCGGGCGAGGCGCUGGUGACGCUCAACUUCAGCAAGAACAUCUUCCACGGGCUCGUGUUCAGCACGUUUGUCACGGAGUGGCUCGCGCAUGCCGGGUCCAAGAUGGUGUUCAUCUGGAUCGGCGUCAUUCAGCUGAUCGUGGUGCUGACGACGAUCCCGAUGUACAUCUAUGGCAAGAGGGCGAGGAUGUGGACGGUGAGGAUGAAUCUGAUGGAGAAGUACUAG